AUGACAUCUGGGGAGUGGGACCUGCGGGCGCUCAAGGCGCUCGAGGAGGAGGAGCAGCGCGAGUUUCUGGCCCUCAGUCAGAAGAAUCUGUUCGACCCUUUACCCAAUCCCAAUCCCAGUUGCACCCCCGAUCCGGGUGGCACGGGCAAGUCAGCACUGACCUACGCCCAGCUGCAUCCGCACCUGCUGAAGCUGCCCACGAUCGACGAGUGCCAUCUGAUGGCGGUCAAGCAGCAGAAACAGCAUCAGGACCGCUCCGCCGCCCUACGCUUCACCCGUGCCCUCUCCCUGUCUGCCCACUCGCUCACAUCCCGGACAGGAAGUAUCACUGGAACCGGAAGCGGAGGUGGCUUUGGUCGGAAGCUGAAAGCCCGAUUGGUCGGGGCCAAGUCCAGUGGAUCCCUGUCACCGGGUCGUUACUCACACAGCUACAGUGUGUCCCCGGUAUACACACCGCCGCCCAUGAGGCGCUGUGCCACACUGCAUCACACGCAGCCGGUGCGGAAGGCCUUCAAGAAUCUCCAGCAGAUGCAGGAGCGCAAGCGACAGACGGGGAUGCCAACAGCGGUGGCUAAUCCUUUGCACAUGCAGAGGAUAACUGGCACAGGCAAGACCUAUUGGAAGUAUGGAGCCAACUCCACGGCAGCCUCCAUAGUGGGUCAACGGGUACGCCAGAAGCAGCAGUUGGAGCUGGAAGAGUCGAAUUGCUCGAAUGAUGACGAGAACUCGGAGCCGCCGGAAGCCUCGGAAGCGGAGACGGGCUCCUGCAGUGUUCCCCUGCCCACCACGGACACCAACGAGAUCCUGCGACUGAUGCUCAAUGCAGCAAGUUCGGCGGUGACGGUAACGCCCACGGCAGCGGCCAUCGGGGCUGGAGGCGGAACUGGAAGUGGCAUUGGAGGAGUCAAGGGGAAAACGACCGGCACUGGAGUCGGAGGAAUCGGAGCAACUGGUGUCGCCUUGUCGAUGCGGCGAUACCAGCCGCAGGACGCCGAGGAGGACGAAACUGUUGCGUACGAAGCUUUCCACCAGCAGCUGGCCGGCAAAAGCUUUGAGCGCGGCGCUCUCUUGCGAGUUGGCAGCUUAACAGCGCAAGAGAGCGACGGCGGUAACAGUCCCCGGAGUAGUCCUGGCCGUGGAACGCAAUUCACUGCUUCCGGCGUCAGGCGGAUGUUAAAGUCCUCCUCCCUCGAUUGGCCCGUUCAGGAAGCGACCCAGACCCCAAUCCAGCAGCAACAGCUCGGCCAACUGACCGCAAAUCAACUCGAGCUGGUCGAGCAGCAGACAAAGGACGCUCGUUACCGGCAGCGAGAUCGGGAGCGGGAACACUGGGACCUGGAGCACGUCCACUUCCAUCAGCAGGCCCUCGGGCAUUUGUCAGUCGACGAUGAACUGGAGCAGCAUAUCAAGCAUUGUUCGUGCUCCUGCAAUCACAUGGGCUACGGCAAUUCAAUGGACUAUCAGACAACCGGAUUUGGAGGACUGCCCGAUGUUACGGAACACUCGAAUAUCCGACGCACUUUGUCCCGCCAGAACUCGAUUUCCAACAGCGACUCCGGCGGUGAGAUAGCCAGCAUUCAAAAGUCAAAGGUAAAUUUUGGAGGUGCCCUGUCGGGAGGUGUGGUCGUGGGCGGGGAGAUUGUGGGCCUGGACGCCAAGUCUCCUACCUCCCUCAGCUCGGCGACGGGAGCAGCGGCCACCGGAAAAGGCUCUGGCAAAGGCAAGGGCUCGCGCAAAGCCACCGAUGCAGAUUAUGGCGGACACAAGGGCAGAAGAGGCUCCUGGCUGGUGGCCCUCACCCUCGUCAGCGCCAUAUGCCUGCUGGCGAUAGCCGCCACGCUCGCCUACCAGCACUUCCUGAUGGCGCCCAGCCGCAACUCGCACGCCCAAAGACUGAGGAUCGUCCGACGCAUCCUGCGCGAAGUGCCGCUCGUCGACGGGCACAACAACUAUGCCUGGAACGUUCGCAAGUAUGCCCAUAGCAGCCUGGAGCUGCAUCUCAGCCACGACCUGGACCACAAGUCAUUGUGGGCUCGACCGGCGUGGGCACAGACGGAUAUGGAGCGGCUGAAACAAGGACUAGUCAGUGUGCAAGUGUGGUCAGCUUAUGUGCCCUGCGAAGCCCAGGGCUUGGACGCCGUCCAACUGGCCCUGGAACAGAUCGACAUUGUGCGCCGACUGUCGGACAUGUAUGACCGGGAGACCGUGCUGGCCACUUCCUCACAAGACAUCGUGGAGGCCCACCGGCGUGGCUUGCUGGCGUCCCUCAUUGGUGUGGAGGGUGGGCAUACGAUUGGCUCCUCCCUGGGAGUCCUUAGAUCCUUUUACUCCCUAGGCGCCCGAUAUCUGAGUCUCACUCACCGCUGCGAUGUAUCCUGGGCGGGAUCCAGCUCAUCGCCGGCGGAGCAGGGACUCACCCAGUUCGGCAAGGCCAUUGUACGCGAAAUGAACCGACUGGGCAUGAUGAUCGACUUGUCACACAGCUCUGAUGCCACUGCCCGGGAUGUGCUCCAGGUGACACGAGCUCCGGUCAUCUUCUCCCACUCGGCGGCCCGCCAGCUGUGCAACUCCACGCGGAACGUGCCCGACGACAUUCUUCGCCUGGUGGCCGAAAACGGCGGUCUGAUCAUGCUUAGCUUUGACUCCGAGGAUGUGGCCUGCGGACGACAGGCGCGCCUCCAGGAUGUCAUCGAGCACAUUAAAUAUGUGCGGGCCAUUGCCGGUAUUCAGCACAUCGGCUUGGGCGCUGGCUACGACGGUAUCGAGCUGCCGCCCCUCGGCCUGGAGGAUGUUUCGAAGUAUCCCGAACUGUUGGCCGCCCUGCUCGAGGAUCAUAAUUGGAGCGAGGAGGAUGUGGCAAUGCUGGCUGGUAGAAACUUUCUGCGCAUCAUGGAGACCGUUGAGACCGUGCGGGACUACUGGAAAAGGGCGGCUAUCCAGCCCAUCGAACAGACGGAGCCGCAACCAAAGACCCAGUGCACCUACAUGUCUUCGUGACCGCAGGCGCAGGCGGUAAGACAGCGCAGAGACGAAUCCUCAGUGGAGCGAGAGCGGGACCGGACUCGGGAAACGGAGAAUCGCACCAUGACAUCUCUGAGUGGUGCCCACUACUGGCAGGCAGAAGGGUCUGCCUCCAAUGGAUCCGAUGAUAAAGCCAUUAUCGCGGCCACUGCGAUGUCCUUUACGGUCAGUGAACUGCAUCAGUGACUCGUGACCCAGAAAAAUGGCUUGGCUGGUAAAUCAAAAUGAAAUAUUUCGGUUAAUGGUUUCAGUUAAUAAAAAGUUUAUCGAAUAACUUAAAAACUCAUAUUAAAAACAUAGCAAGUCUUUUUUUUUUACAAGAUUUUAAGAGAAAGUUCAAUAGUUUUGUUCAAAUGUAUAUAAAUUUAAAUUUUCCAGUCCAUUUGAAUUAUUUACAAUCUUAGAAGUUAAAGUUAAAGUUAUUUUUAGUCAAACUUUUUCGGUUCUGGAACUGUCGUGACCGCCCUCUUGAAUAAUUAGUGUAUAAUCGUAAUUUACUACCAUAGGAUGCAUUGAUAGGCGUAUGAAUAAAUAAUUAUAUUAAUAAAUAUACUAGUAUUUAGCCCGUAAUUGUUUACAGCUCUUCUUAUUGGUGUUGUGGCUCUGCAUAAUUUAUGCACAGUACGGAUACUUAUCGAUGUUGCUGUACCACGGGGCGUAUGCGCGACGCAGGAAACUGCAAACCGAACCGGAAACCAAAAACCGAAAUCUUUCUUGACUUGCCUGUGACUGUAUUAUACAUAAACUACAUAAACAUAAAUCUACAUACAUACAAGUAUAUGUAGGGGAAAGUGCAUAAAUGAUUCAUGCUAAUUAUCGCAAUUAAGCGCAAUAUCGCAAUUUAAUCACCAACAUCAGGCAAACACACCAAAUUAUAUAAAUCAUCAAAAUGAAUUAAUUGCAGAAGAUUUAACACACUCAGUGCACACACACACGGCACAUGGCACAUCAGUUAAAUUCACAGCAAUUAAAAAUGAAUAUUUUAUUCUGGCCAAAUGUGAAUCCUUCUUAAUAUCAUUUCCGUGUUAGGUUAGUCAAAAAGCCAGAAAAGAAUCUAAAAUCAAAAUGUCAACAAACC